AUGGAUGAGGUUGCCAAUACUUCUACUCCUUGUCAGACAAAGCCGGGCGAUACUACCGUGGAUGAGGUUGCCAAUACUUCUCCUCCCCCUAGCCAGACCGACACCAGCGAUACUACCGUGGAUGAGGUUGCAAACACUUCUCCUACUCCUCGCCAGACCGACACCAGCGAUACUACCGUGGACGAGGUUGCCAAUGCUUCUCCUCCUACUAGUCAGACCGACACCAGCGCGGCCGUGGCCGAGCCCGAGCCGACUCUCUCCCUGCUCGGUAAACCCCCAAUAACUUACCGAGCUGCUCUUGAUACCGACGACAACUACAUCAGCGAGGCUGCUUUUGUACGGGCAACCGAGCAGCUGUUCCAGGCGCUCUGGGCGCAGCAGCCCGCGAUCAAGGGCCUGGUCAGACACCACCUGGGCCUGCGGGAUCGGGACGACGUCGUCUGCGACAUCGCUGGGCACCGGCGCUGGCUGGUGGGCGGCUUCAAUGUCUGCAUCCCCGUCCGGGUGACAUCGCCGACCCGAAACCACCGGCUCAUCCUGCGCUGCGCCAUGCCGCACAAGCUGGCCGAGUCCAGGUUCCCCGGCACGGUGGACGAGAAGACGGCGUGCGAGGUGGGUGCCUAUGUGUGGAUGCAGGAGAAGUGCCCGGACAUUCCCAUCCCGCGACUCUAUGGCUUCGGCUUCUCAGACCGCCGCUGUUUUACCCACCAAGACUACCGUCCCUGGUAUGUCCGUGCCAAGCACCGGCUUCGGCGUCUCCUCCGCGGCUUCCUCCGAUCACUAUGCGAUGCCUUUCGCGCAUGUCCCACAGACUCGAGGGAAACCCUCGUCACGUCGCGGUACAUCUGCCACCCUGAUGUCGCCGCCUCCCAUCAGCUCCCAUCGGCCUACAUGCUACUGGAGAAUGUCAACUCCAAGGACAGCCAGAUGCUGGCCCACACAUGGACCGCGCAGCGCAAGGAUCCUGUCCGGCAGCAGAACCUGUUCUGCGGCCUGGCACGCAUCAUGCUCUCGCUGGCGCGCGUGCCGCUGCCGCGCAUCGGCGCGCUUCGCUUCCGCGACGAUGGCACAGUCGCCCUGGCCAACCGGCCGCUUGAUUGCACCAUGAUGCUCUUCGAGAACGACGGCACGCCCCGAGUCAUCCCGCGCGACCGUACCUAUGCGACCACCGAGGCCUACGUGGCCGAUCUCUUCCGCCUUCACGACCAGCGCUUCCUCAGCCAUCCCAACGCCACAUACGAGGAGGAGGACUGUCGGCGCCAGAUGGCUGCCUGGGUGCUGGCCCGCUCGCUCGCCUAUCGUUUUAUCCGGCAGGACCAGCGGGACGGGCCCUUCUCCCUGCAACUCACUGACCUUCGGCCUCAAAAUAUCUUUGUCGAUAACACCUGGAAUGUUACCAGCCUUGUGGACCUCGAGUGGGUGUGCGCUUUGCCAGUCGAGAGGCUGUGUGUGCCAUACUGGCUGACGGGACAGGAUAUUGGGGAAUUGCAUGGAGAGCCCCUUGCUGAGUAUACGGAAGUGUGGAAGGUUUUCAUGGCUGCUUUCGAACAGGAGGAGUCCAGGAUGGCACUGGCUAAGCAGCACAACCUAUCAUUUGGCAAGAUACUGGAGGAGUCUUGGACAUCUGGUACCUUGUGGUUCUGGCGUGGCCUCGCCUCAGUCAAUGCUAUGCCGGAGCUUUUUGAACAACAUCUCCGUCCUCGGUUCUCCCCAGAUGUUCUCUACUCCGAGGAAAAAGCCAUUUCCAGUUUCUGGCGCGAGGACGCCGACGAAGUAGUCCAGAUCAAGUUGGAUGCCUACCAAGGAUAUGCAAGAGAUCUCAAAGAAUUGUUUGGUAGAACUUAG